CUGCUAUAUACAAGGGGGCCCGACGUCAUUCCUGUAAUGUCGGCCCACUCCACCUUGUAACGCCUUGAGGCGUUUAUAAAGUCCUGUACCGUCCCCUCCUCACGCAGCUGUACGCUUCAGUCCUUCUCACAUGUUAGACGCAAUCGCCCCCUUUCUCAUAUUUGCUGCUUUCCUCUUGCUUCUCCUUGUCUCUCUUUCCGUGCCUAUUAUAAAGACCAUCUACAUAUUCAAGCUCUACGCCAAUGUAGCUGUCAGUGCCCUCACUGCUGAUGCCCACAGUAAUGCUCGUUUCGGAGUCUGGGGUUACUGUGUCGACGCUGUCACCGUCUCUGUCUUGGGCGUCAGCGAGACCACGCCAGGCUCUUGCUCUCCGCGUCAUCUGGGCUAUGACUUGAACGGGAUCAUUGGGAGCGUCCUGGAAUCUCGUGGCUAUAAUCCUCACGUUAUCUCCAAAGCCGUAACGGCCGUCCUAGUUCUGCACCCAAUAGCAUGCGGAUUAGCAUUUCUCGCUCUACUCACCUCGCUGGCAAUGCUACGCCCCGGAACGGCUCGCGGCGCUUCCAUAUUGACUUUGAUCUUUGGGCUCCUAGCCACACUCGUCACGACAGCAGUAUUCCUCAUUGACGUCAUCGCGGUGGCGGUAGUCCGCACCAAAGUGCACAACGAGACCGACGGCGACCUCUGGUUCGCGUUCGGCAACGCCAUCUGGAUGACUCUGGGCGCCACCAUUGCCUUGUGGCUCUCGCUAUUGGGCGCGUGCGCAGGAAUUUGCGGCUUCGGCGGAGGAAGAUACAGAAGACGUUCGAGGAAAGCUGGCACCUACUGAGGAUGCGACUACGGUCAUCCUACUGAUCGUGUGACUUGAUCGACCAUGGACUGUUUGUACAUAGAUGCUAAUCUCUGAGACGACUUGACGCUCUUGACGCCUUUCCUGUUCUUGGCCAGGACAUUGUACCUACGACUGGGUGUAUUAUAAGUAGACUCGUAUGGAACAUAUUACAAGCUUUUGCCUUGC